AUGGCCACCGAGAUCCACGCGCUCGUGCAGGCGGACGCGCGGCGCGAGCAGCUGCAGCACCAUGUCGAAACGGCCUGUGCGCAGCUUGGUUCCGUGCAUGCCGAUGAGCGUGAGAAGGCGUCUUCAACGCUGCUCUCUUUGGGAAGCUCGCCGACUGUGGUGGACGAUACGUGUUUCCUGUUAGCUUCGUCACGCGACGAUACAGCGCACUUUCACGUCCUUGGUGCACUACUUCAGGCACUUCCGCGGAUUGAUGUGGACGACGCUAGUCGUGCCGCGCCUUCGCUGAUUUCUGUACGAGACUGGCUCAUCCAGUCGGCCAUGGCGCGCACUGAAGCAGCGUACGCGGGAGGACGUGCCUGGCCGGCGUAUGUACGUACGCGGCACUACCGUGUGGUUGUCCUCUUAACACUCCGUAUCGCUGGGCAGCAUAGGCGGGGGGAUCCUUCGCCACUCUUGCAGCUGGGUACACACCUUGUGCAGAUGUGUCAAAGCAGUGACGUACCGCAGUGGGUCGGUGUAGCGCUAGCUGCGCUCCUGCUAGAGGAAUUGCAGGCGCGCACAGCGUUGUCAGAAGAUGGUGUGCCUACUAUGCAACUCGGGCUACGUGUGGACGAAGUACUAUGGUGCCAUGCCUUGGUGGAGACACAGAUCUUGCCGACGCUACUUCCUGCCUUGCUCCAUGUAUUGCAUACAGCCACGGAGCGUGUACAGCAUGCUUCGAAUGAGCAGGCCUCCUUUGCCUUAGAUCUAUGUCACGCGGUAUCGCAGGCCGUCAAAGAAGCAACACACUGGCGCAGUAUCCCCAUCGCAGCCGUACGUGACGACGCUACCGUCGCUGCAUGGACGCCUGAGCAAGUAUGGCAGAGUGUCGAGGGGCUAGCUCUUGGUAAUGUGGACGAUGUGCGAUCGCCUCUCUCUACCGUUUUGGCGCCGAUCCUCCACAGUCCCGACUUGCCGCCGCUGCUGGGCACCACCGGCCGCCUAGCCCAGACUAUCGCUGCGGAUGUGCCUUCGCAUGCUUGGGCUGCCCAUCAAAUUGCGCAGAAUGUCCAUGCGUCCAUGCAAGCCAUGGCGCUGUACGUCGAGCCUAACGGUAGCACCGAGUCUGCGUGGAAAGCGCAGCGCGUCGCGCUCUUUGCCCAGCUGGAUUUGGACCUCCAAGCGAUGGCGCCUCGCUUAUCGCAGGUCGACACUGACUCCCUUGCUGUGCUGCAACGCAUCACGCACAUAUAUACCCGACUUUUGCAGGGCAAGAGCGCUUUGGUCUUGCUGCAUGGUGCCAUGGAUCCCGCAGCGCUCCUGCAAACACUAGCGCGUGUCUCUGCGACGUGUUAUCACAUUGCCUUUGCACUCGUCCCAUCCAUGAACGAUGCCGAGGCUACGGCCGCAAGUGAUAUGGCUGUGGAAGAAGCAUUAGGACUGUGGCGCUCGCUUUUAGCCGAGCUGCCUAACACCGACAAAGCUGGCUUGUAUGGCUCUAUUUGUGAGCAAGUUGUUUUGCCGUACCAGACUGGGCGUCUGCAAGCUGCUGCCACGAGUGCGGAGACGGACGAUGAAGAAAUGGGCGAGGAGCAGGGCCGUGAUGUUGAUGUCUACGAUGAACAGCUCACGAUGUAUGCGGCAUUGGCCCGACCGCAGCUCGACCGUGUCCUGCCCGCUCUUGCCGCCUUGAAGCCCGCUAUGGAAGGUACGGCCAUUGCUCCGGCCGUAUGGGAGCAAUGGCACUGGCUCGCCCUGCUCCUUGGCCAUAUCCUAGCCGACCCGGCGUCGCGCGAGUGCGUAACAGCGCCAGAAGCCAUCCAGCACGCAUCGCACGAGACCAAGACCCACGUUUGGAUGUCCAUUCAUACGUACUGGACAUUACUGCAAUCCCUUGUCCCGCAGCAUCCUAUGACGGCGAUGCCAGCCAGUCCGCAAACGGUCGAGUCGCUUCUGUGGCUCGUGGCGCGAUGGGUGCCAACGUACCUGUUCAACGAGAUCAGUCCUUUGGUGGGGGACGAUGGCGAGCAUAUGCUAGACGCCAUGAUUGCAUGUAUGUACGACCUAAUUACCUCUUGGAAGUCGGAAGAGGGCGUGAUGAUGAGUAUGGCGCACGUAUGGGAGGCAUGGACGUACACACCAGGUGUCAUGACACGUCUUCUCGCCAAGCCUGCGGUCUUAGCACUGGUCCGUGAGACGCUUCAGACGCUCGAGACGCUUCCUGCGGCCUCGCAAGUGCCAUUGUUACGCGCAUUGGUGCGCUGUGUCGAUGCAGCGCGUGAUUCGGCCACGGCGUCCGCGUCAGAGACACGCGCCGCAUACUAUCCGCUGCUCCUCGAGGCUGCGCAGGCGCGUAUGGAGGCAGCCGCGCAUGCACCGGCCGUCACGAUGCAAACCGCAUUGGGAUUGUGGGAGGCUAUGGCCGCCGCCGCCGAUCCUCAGGUGAGUGGGCAAGUGCAUACGCAUAUGCUUGCACGUAUGUCGGCCAUAGUCGAUCUUGCGCAAGCGCAGGGAGGCCAGGCCGAUGUGCAAAUGGCUGCCUUGCAAGCGACGCAGGCUCUCCUCCAAGCAUGGCCGGAGCUCGCUGACGCGGCCUCGUGGCUGACCACCGUGUCGUCCAGCACAGCCGCCCUGUUGCAGGUUGUGCCCCCCACCUUGCUGUCGUUGCCACGUGGCCGCGGCGUCGAUGCGACGGUGGAAGAGCUUCUGAUCGCGUACCUGAGUGUGGUCACAGAGCUACUGCAAGCAGGGACGAACGUAUCGCCUGAUGUGCCUACGCACGAUGCACAGCACCCAACUACUUGCAGUGUGCAAGCCUUUGUCGCUAUAGCGCCGAUCCUUGAUGUGGAUAUGCUGCGUGUGCCUCGUGUACGUGACGCAGUAGCGCGUCUGUUGCACAUUUUGCUGUUGGUCGCCCAGCCUGUCUUGCUGGCCUCGACAGCGAAUGCGGCCAUGGCGGCAUGGGGUCCCACGCCGUACGAUGGCCAGACGGCCUCUGUGCUGACCUACCCAGGCGCCUCACUGUGCCCUCUCCAUAUGGUGUUGCGUGGCGCUGUGUAUGUCAUGGGCACGGCCGAUACAUUGACCGAGACGUCUGCAGGGAAUGUCGCGCAAGCACUAGGUUAUCUUGCUGAAGCGUUACCAGAGCUUCCAGCGAGCGCCCAGGCUGCGUUGGUCCAGCAUCUCAUCGAUAGCGUGGCAUGCGAUAUUCUCUGUGCCCUGCUCCUUCGUCCGCUGCACAAGCCGAUGCUUACGCCACUGUUGCUUGCGCUACGCAAAAUCACCUUGGCUCGGAUGGACGCUGCGCAGCUGGGUGGACAGGCGACCUUCCUGUCGUUUAUCGCGGAGCACUUGACACACAUGGAUCUGCCAUCGAGCGGUAGCGACGCUCAGCCACGCCUUCGUGCCGAGUACAGUGCCGCCGCAGAGCACAUUUUGCAAACGAUCCUAACAAGCCGCGCGCCCGCUUCGCCAGCGCACUCCGUGCCGGCCAUCGCUGCGCGUAUGCAAGUCAAGGCAGAGAUGACUGCUGCCGUGGGCCUCAAUCGCCUCCUACGGCCGUACAUCUGGCGGACUCGAAGCACAUUGAUCCUUUGCUAA